CGACACCCACGGGCGUGUGUUGACGCGCACGCUUCGCGGAACUACUUUUCGAUUACGUGUGUUGCACGGCGAUUGCGCGCGCAAUGAAUCAGACCGCGCCAGUGUCGUGUAUUCCUGCGGGGAAGAUGUCAAAGGCGAAGAAGGUGCUGGACGAGGCCCGGGAGAUCCAGAAUCCCGAGCUGGAUCUCGCGGACAAGGGCAUCGCGACGUUCGAGGAGAUGCCGGGAUUGCUGAAUAUGAUUAAUGUAACAAGACUCACAUUAAGUCACAAUAAAAUUCAAGCUGUUCCACCGGGUCUCGCCAAUCUAGUCAACCUAGAAAUACUGAAUCUCUUCAAUAAUUGCAUCACCGAGCUGCCUAUAUCCUUGUCGCAAAUGCCAAAGUUGAGAAUCUUAAACGUAGGAAUGAACCGAUUAGAUGUGCUUCCUCGCGGUUUCGGCGCGUUUCCGGUUCUCGAGGUGCUAGACCUGACGUACAACAAUCUCAGCGAAAAGAAUCUACCCGGAAAUUUCUUCAUGAUGGAGACCCUAAGAGCACUCUACUUAGCUGACAAUGACUUUGAAUAUCUGCCGCCCGAAAUCGGUCAAUUGAAAAAUCUGCAAAUUCUCGUACUGAGGGAGAAUGAUCUGGUCGAAUUGCCGAAAGAAAUCGGCGAGUUGGCUCGACUUAGAGAGUUGCAUAUUCAGGGAAAUCGUUUGACAGUAUUGCCUCCUGAGAUAGGAAACUUGGAUCUAGUGAGUAACAAAGCGGUAUUUCGAAUGGAGUUCAAUCCAUGGGUUACUCCGAUUGGCGAUCAGCUGCAAGUGGGCAUAUCUCACGUUAUGGAUUAUAUUCGCUCGGAAACGUAUCGAUAUGUUUACAAUCGACACCAAAGCGCCAAAGGCCCGCCACCUCCCAUCGAGACUGAUAAGAGCAAGAAGAUCUCACGUGCUCGUUAACGUGUGCUCGUUUUUCGCAUAAUCUUGACUAAAUAGUGCUAUCUCUGACUAAUCUCAUUUCGGAGAUUAUAUUUUCGUAAGACAUAUAUACUGCCGAUUAAUCGUCCGUUCGCAUUAAUUAACUCGAGAACUAAAUGGUGCCUUUUAGAUAUAGAAAUAAUACGAGAAAUGAGAGAGAUGUACUAUGCAUUUUAAUAAUAUUGUUGUAUUUUUUUUAAUUGUCUAUUUAUAUACGCACAUAUACAUAUAUU